GCAAAACCCCAGUAAUUCGGAGGGCGAGCGAGCGGGCCGAAGCUGCGCAGGGCAGGGGCACGCCGACCCGCAACCACAGGCACUCUGGGGGUGCUCCACUCCCCGCCCCCACCCCCGCUUUCUUUCUCUCCCCUUCUCUAGAAGGGUUUGUCCAGGGGUGGGGAAAACAGACGCAAACAUCAAAGUGGAAAACAGUUAAUGACCAGCCAAAGCGUCCCUGCUGUGAGCUCUGGCCACUGCCUCCAGAGCUCCUGAGCCACACACGCAGGUCACCGUGGGUGCCAGCAGAGGUAACAUGGCUUGUUGGCCUCAGCUGAGGUUGCUGCUGUGGAAGAACCUGACGUUUAGAAGAAGGCAAACGUGUCAGCUGUUACUGGAAGUGGCCUGGCCUCUAUUUAUCUUCCUGAUCCUGAUCUCUGUCCGGCUGAGCUACCCACCUUAUGAACAACAUGAGUGCCACUUUCCAAACAAAGCCAUGCCUUCUGCGGGAACUCUUCCCUGGGUACAGGGGAUUAUCUGUAAUGCCAACAACCCCUGUUUCCGUUAUCCAACUCCGGGUGAGGCUCCUGGCGUUGUUGGAAACUUUAACAAGUCCAUUGUGUCUCGCCUGUUCUCAGAUGCUCAGAGGCUUCUUUUAUACAGCCAGAAAGACACCAGCAUCAAGGACAUGCACAAGGUUCUGAGAACAUUACGGCAGAUCAAGAAUUCCAACUCAAAUUUGAAGCUCCAGGAUUUUUUGGUGGACAAUGAAAGCUUCUCUGAAUUCUUGCAUCACAAUCUCUCUCUCCCAAGGCCUACUGUGGAUAACCUGCUGCAGGCUGAUGUCAGUCUCCACAAGGUAUUUUUGCAAGGUUACCAGUUACAUUUGGCCAGUCUGUGCAAUGGAUCAAAAUUAGAAGAUAUCAUCUGGCUUGGUGACCAGGAAGUUUCUGCCCUUUGUGGUCUUCCAAGGGAGAAACUAGACACGGCAGAGCGAGUAAUGCGUGCCAACAUGGACAUCCUGAAGCCGGUCGUGACAAGACUAAACUCUACAUCUCCCUUCCCAAUCCAGCCACUGGCUGAAGCCACCAAAAUGUUGCUGGACAGCCUGGGGAGUCUGGCCCAAGAGCUGUUCAGCACGAGGAGCUGGAGUGACAUGCGGCAGGAGGUAAUAUUUCUGAACACCGUGAACAGCUCCAGCUCAUCCACUCAGAUAUACCAGGCUGUGUCUCGCAUUGUCUGUGGGCACCCGGAGGGUGGGGGGCUCAAGAUCAAGUCUCUCAACUGGUACGAGGACAACAACUACAAAGCCCUCUUUGGAGGCAACAGCACUGACGACGAUGCGGACACCUUCUACGACAAUUCUACAACUCCUUAUUGUAACGAUUUGAUGAAGAACUUGGAGUCUAGUCCUCUUUCUCGAAUUAUUUGGAAAGCACUGAAGCCAUUGCUUGUUGGAAAGAUUCUAUAUACACCUGACACUCCAGCCACGAGGCAGGUCAUGGCCGAAGUGAAUAAGACCUUUCAGGAAUUGGCUGUGUUCCAUGACCUGGAAGGCAUGUGGGAGGAACUCAGUCCCAAGAUUUGGACCUUCAUGGAGAACAGCCAAGAGAUGGACCUUGUCCGGACAUUGCUGGACAGCAAAGGCAAUGGCCCCUUUUGGGAACAGAAGUUGGAUGGUUUAGAUUGGACAGCCCAAGACAUCAUGGUGUUUCUGGCCAAGAACCCAGAGGAUGUCCAGUCUCUGAAUGGCUCUGUGUAUACAUGGAGAGAAGCUUUCAAUGAGACCAACCAAGCAAUCCAGACGAUAUCUCGCUUCAUGGAGUGUGUCAACCUCAACAAGCUGGAGCCCAUUCCAACAGAAGUCCGACUCAUCAACAAGUCCAUGGAGCUGCUGGAUGAGAGAAAGUUCUGGGCUGGUAUUGUGUUCACGGGACUCACUCCCGACAGCACUGAGCUGCCACAUCACGUUAAGUACAAGAUCCGAAUGGACAUUGACAAUGUAGAGCGGACAAAUAAGAUCAAGGAUGGGUAUUGGGAUCCUGGUCCCCGGGCUGACCCCUUCGAGGACAUGCGCUAUGUCUGGGGGGGCUUUGCCUACUUGCAGGAUGUGGUGGAGCAGGCAAUCAUCAGAGUGCUGACGGGAACUGAGAAGAAAACGGGUGUCUACAUGCAGCAGAUGCCCUACCCUUGCUAUGUUGAUGACAUCUUCUUGCGGGUCAUGAGCCGGUCCAUGCCACUCUUCAUGACACUGGCCUGGAUAUACUCUGUGGCUGUGAUCAUCAAGGGCAUUGUAUAUGAGAAGGAGGCACGCCUGAAGGAGACCAUGCGGAUCAUGGGCCUGGAUAACGGCAUCCUCUGGUUCAGCUGGUUCAUCAGUAGCCUCAUCCCUCUGCUUGUGAGCGCUGGCCUGCUGGUGGUCAUCUUGAAGUUAGGAAACCUGCUGCCCUAUAGUGACCCCAGCGUGGUGUUCCUUUUCCUGUCUGUGUUCGCCGUGGUCACCAUCUUGCAGUGCUUCCUCAUCAGUACGUUCUUCUCCCGGGCCAACCUGGCAGCAGCCUGUGGGGGCAUCAUCUACUUCACGCUGUACCUGCCCUACGUCCUGUGCGUCGCCUGGCAGGACUAUGUGGGCUUCUCCAUCAAGAUCUUUGCGAGCCUGCUGUCUCCUGUGGCUUUUGGAUUUGGCUGUGAGUACUUUGCCCUUUUUGAGGAGCAAGGCAUCGGGGUGCAGUGGGACAACCUCUUUGAGAGCCCAGUGGAGGAAGAUGGCUUCAAUCUCACCACCGCAGUGUCCAUGAUGCUGUUUGAUACCUUCCUCUAUGGGGUGAUGACAUGGUACAUCGAGGCCGUCUUUCCAGGUCAGUAUGGAAUCCCCAGGCCCUGGUUCUUUCCUUGUACCAAGUCUUACUGGUUUGGUGAGGAGAGCAAUGAGAAAAGCCACUCUGGUUCCAACCAGAAGGGAGUAUCCAAAAUCUGCAAGGAAGAAGAGCCCACCCAUCUGAAGCUGGGUGUGUCUAUUCAGAACCUCGUGAAGGUUUACCGGGAUGGCAUGAAGGUGGCUGUCGAUGGCUUGGCACUAAACUUUUAUGAGGGCCAGAUCACCUCCUUCCUGGGCCACAAUGGAGCAGGAAAGACAACCACCAUGUCAAUACUGACAGGGUUGUUCCCUCCAACUUCGGGCACUGCCUACAUCCUGGGAAAGGACAUUCGCUCCGAGAUGAGCUCCAUCCGGCAGAACCUGGGAGUCUGUCCCCAGCAUAAUGUGCUGUUUGACAUGCUGACUGUUGAGGAGCACAUCUGGUUCUACGCUCGCCUAAAGGGGCUCUCAGAGAAGCACGUAAAAGCAGAGAUGGAGCAGAUGGCUCUGGAUGUUGGCUUACCCCCCAGCAAGCUGAAAAGCAAAACAAGUCAGCUGUCAGGUGGGAUGCAGAGAAAGCUGUCUGUGGCCUUGGCCUUUGUGGGUGGAUCCAAGGUUGUCAUUCUGGACGAGCCCACAGCUGGCGUAGACCCUUACUCUCGCAGGGGAAUAUGGGAACUGCUGUUGAAAUAUAGGCAAGGCCGCACCAUUAUUCUUUCUACACACCACAUGGAUGAAGCAGACAUCUUGGGGGAUAGGAUUGCCAUCAUUUCACAUGGGAAGCUAUGUUGCGUGGGUUCUUCCCUGUUUCUGAAAAACCAGCUGGGAACAGGUUACUACCUAACCCUAGUCAAGAAAGAUGUGGAAUCCUCCCUCAGUUCCUGCAGAAAUAGCAGCAGCACUGUGUCGUGUCUGAAAAAGGUGGUGCCUGAGCUUCCCCCAGCUGGGCAGAGUGGAGGCGGAGGAGGAGAGGUGCAGAGGCUGGUGGCGCUGACUCAAGAUGUUUCUGCUAUCUCCAACCUCAUCAGGAAGCAUGUCUCUGAAGCCCGGCUGGUGGAAGACAUUGGACAUGAACUGACCUAUGUGCUCCCCUAUGAAGCUGCUAAGGAGGGAGCCUUUGUGGAACUCUUCCAUGAGAUUGACGACCGGUUGUCAGACCUGGGCAUCUCCAGUUAUGGCAUCUCAGAGACCACCCUAGAAGAGAUUUUCCUCAAAGUGGCUGAAGACAGUGGUGUAGAUGCUGAGACCUCAGAUGGUACCUUGCCAGCGAGGCGAAACAGACGGGCCUUUGGGGACAAACAGAGCUGUCUUCGUCCAUUCACUGAAGAUGAUGCUAUUGAUCCGAAUGACUCUGACAUAGACCCAGAAUCCAGGGAGACAGAUCUGUUAAGUGGGAUGGAUGGCAAAGGCUCCUACCAGCUGAAGGGCUGGAAACUCACACAACAACAGUUUGUAGCCCUUUUGUGGAAGAGGCUGCUGAUUGCCAGACGGAGUAGGAAAGGAUUCUUUGCUCAGAUUGUCCUGCCAGCUGUCUUCGUCUGCAUUGCCCUGGUGUUCAGCCUGAUCGUGCCACCCUUUGGCAAGUACCCCAGCCUGGAACUCCAGCCAUGGAUGUACAAUGAGCAGUAUACAUUUGUCAGUAAUGAUGCUCCCGAGGAUAUGGGCACCCAGGAACUCUUGAAUGCUCUAACUAAAGACCCAGGCUUUGGAACCCGAUGUAUGGAAGGAAACCCAAUCCCAGACACUCCUUGCUUGGUUGGGGAGGAGGACUGGACCACGGCUCCUGUUCCCCAGACCAUCAUGGACCUCUUCCAAAAUGGGAACUGGACGAUGAAGAACCCCUCUCCUACCUGCCAGUGUAGCAGUGACAAGAUCAAGAAGAUGCUGCCCGUGUGUCCUGCAGGGGCAGGGGGGCUGCCACCUCCUCAGAGAAAACAGAACACUGCGGAUAUCCUUCAGAAUCUGACCGGAAGAAACAUUUCGGAUUAUCUGGUGAAGACAUAUGUGCAGAUCAUAGCCAAAAGCUUGAAGAAUAAGAUCUGGGUAAAUGAGUUUCGGUAUGGAGGAUUUUCCCUGGGUGUCAGUAAUUCUCAAGGACUUCCUCCGAGUCAAGAAGUUAAUAAUGCUAUCAAGCAAAUGAAGAAGCUCUUGAAGCUGGCCAAGGACAGUUCUGCUGAUCGAUUUCUAAGCAGCCUGGGAAGAUUCAUGACAGGACUGGACACCAAAAACAAUGUCAAGGUGUGGUUCAAUAACAAGGGCUGGCAUGCCAUCAGCUCUUUCCUGAAUGUUAUCAACAAUGCCAUCCUCCGGGCCAACCUACAGAAGGGAGAGAAUCCUAGCCAGUAUGGGAUUACUGCUUUCAAUCAUCCUCUGAAUCUCACCAAGCAGCAGCUCUCAGAGGUGGCUCUGAUGACCACAUCAGUCGAUGUCCUUGUGUCUAUCUGUGUCAUCUUUGCGAUGUCGUUUGUCCCAGCCAGCUUUGUAGUGUUCCUGAUCCAGGAGCGGGUCAGCAAAGCAAAGCACCUGCAGUUCAUCAGUGGGGUGAAGCCUGUCAUCUACUGGCUCUCCAACUUUGUCUGGGAUAUGUGCAAUUAUGUGGUCCCCGCUACGUUGGUCAUUAUCAUCUUCAUCUGCUUCCAGCAGAAGUCCUAUGUGUCCUCCACCAACCUGCCUGUGCUAGCCCUUCUGCUUUUGCUGUAUGGAUGGUCAAUCACACCUCUCAUGUACCCAGCAUCCUUCGUGUUCAAGAUCCCCAGCACAGCCUACGUGGUGCUCACUAGCGUGAACCUCUUCAUCGGCAUCAAUGGCAGUGUGGCCACUUUUGUGCUGGAGCUCUUCACCAACAAUAAGCUGAAUAGCAUCAAUGACAUCUUGAAGUCUGUGUUCCUGAUCUUCCCACAUUUUUGCCUGGGGCGAGGGCUCAUAGACAUGGUGAAAAACCAGGCAAUGGCUGAUGCUCUGGAGAGGUUUGGGGAGAAUCGCUUUGUGUCUCCACUCUCCUGGGAACUGGUGGGACGAAACCUUUUUGCCAUGGCCGUGGAGGGAGUGGUGUUUUUCCUCAUUACUGUUCUCAUCCAAUACAGAUUUUUCAUCAGGCCCAGACCUGUGAAGGCAAAGCUCCCACCUUUGAAUGAUGAAGAUGAGGAUGUGAGGCGGGAGAGGCAGCGAAUUCUGGAUGGUGGAGGACAGAACGACAUCUUGGAAAUCAAAGAGCUGACAAAGAUCUACAGAAGAAAGAGGAAGCCUGCCGUCGACAGGAUUUGUGUUGGCAUUCCUCCUGGCGAGUGCUUUGGACUCCUGGGAGUUAAUGGUGCUGGAAAAUCAUCAACUUUCAAGAUGUUAACUGGAGACACCACUGUUACCAGGGGGGAUGCUUUCCUUAACAAAAAUAGCAUCUUAACAAAUAUCCAUGAAGUCCAUCAGAACAUGGGCUAUUGCCCACAAUUUGAUGCCAUCACAGAGCUGCUGACUGGGAGAGAGCAUGUGGAAUUCUUUGCCCUCUUGAGGGGAGUCCCUGAGAAAGAAGUUGGCAAGGUUGGUGAAUGGGCAAUUCGAAAACUGGGCCUUGUGAAGUAUGGAGAAAAAUAUGCCAGUAACUACAGUGGCGGCAACAAGCGCAAGCUUUCCACAGCCAUGGCUCUGAUAGGUGGGCCUCCUGUGGUGUUUCUGGAUGAACCAACCACAGGCAUGGACCCCAAGGCCAGGAGGUUCUUAUGGAAUUGUGCCCUAAGCAUCAUUAAAGAGGGAAGAUCCGUAGUGCUUACAUCUCAUAGUAUGGAAGAAUGUGAAGCCCUUUGCACGAGGAUGGCCAUUAUGGUCAAUGGGAGGUUCAGGUGCCUUGGAAGUGUUCAACAUCUGAAAAACAGGUUUGGAGAUGGUUAUACGAUAGUUGUACGAAUAGCAGGGUCCAACCCUGACCUGAAGCCUGUCCAGGAGUUCUUUGGAAUCGCCUUCCCAGGAAGCGUCCUCAAAGAGAAGCACCGGAACAUGCUGCAGUACCAGCUUCCGUCCUCCUUAUCCUCUCUGGCCAGGAUAUUCAGCAUCCUCUCCCAGAGCAAAAAGCGACUCCACAUAGAAGACUACUCUGUUUCUCAGACAACACUUGACCAAGUAUUUGUGAACUUUGCCAAGGACCAAAGUGAUGAUGACCACUUGAAGGACCUAUCAUUACACAAAAACCAGACAGUGGUGGAUGUGGCAGUUCUCACAUCCUUUCUGCAGGAUGAGAAAGUGAAAGAAAGUUAUGUAUGAAGAGUCUUGUUCUCACAGGGUGGAUGAAAUGAUGGAAGAGAUAGAUCUUCCUUUGCACCGUGUCGAGUGUUCCAGAGGAAAGAGUUGGACAUUUUGUGGGAAGAAACGAACUGGAUACUGUACUGAUACUAUUCAAUGCAAUGCAAUUCAAUGCAAUGAAAACAAAAUUCCAUUACAGGGGCAGUGCCUUUGUAGCUGAUGUCUUGUAUGGCUCUCUAGUGAAAAAGACUUGAAGUUAGUUUAUUACCUUAAGCCGAUGUGAAACUCUCGUAUGGAUCCCAGUGGACAUAUGGGUUUGGAUUCAUACUUUUUUGUUCCUGUGUAUUCUCACUGGGAUUGCAACAAAAAUCCAUCAGUCAUGGCCAGUGAUAAUCAAAGUCAAAGGCAUGCACAUCUUCAUCCAGUAAGCCAUGCUGCACCACAAAACUGGUUUCCUGGUGACACAUCCAUUGCUGGCGAUGAGUGUGCCAGAAUUACUAGUGCCAAGUUACUCAGAAAGUCUGACGCACUGUGGUGUGUCACCCACACUUGUGUGAAAGCUGCCCUGCUCAGAGUCUAUCGACAUCAUUAAAUAUAAGGUGAUAAAAUGGUGCCAUGUGUGACUAAAGUCCUGCCUUGAUUCUCUCUUUGAUGAGCUGCUGUUGUGGCUGUCAUAUGCAAAAUGUGGAUCUCUCUAAACCCAGGAAACUUGGUUCUGUUGUUCAAUGCUGCCCCAUGCUUGGGGCCAUGGGUCUCUCUGGGUCAUCUUUCUGAGACUGUUUGAAACACAUUUAGAUCCUGGUAAGAAACAAAGGAUCAGCAGCCAAAAUGCUGGGGCUGCAAGCUGCUGAGUUCAGGGUGUGGGAUGAAAGAGCUGGUGUAUUUACACGUGGGAGGCCUGGGACUGUUUGUCCAGUUGUCUACUAACACGGUACACUGCAUCUCACGAUCCUUUAUUAUUUGACGCAAGUGUAGUAUUAUUUCUAACUGUUUGAAUUAACCUAGAAAAUGAAAAGAUGGAGUUUUAUUUUGAUAAAAAUCUUUGUACUAUUAAUGUUAUUUGGAAUUUUAAGUUGUAUCAUGACGUCUGAAACCUUAGAAUGGCCUCUGUAGAAACAUGGUGGAGAGGAACGCGCUCACCUUGCUCCACUGCCUUACUGUCCCGUGAAAGUCUGCAGAUGGACUGUCUGACUAGUGCCUAGUGACCAGAAAGCAAUGUGGUAGUCAAGAUCUUGUGCCAUGUUUUAUCCUAUAGAAUACUCUUAAUUCAGUCCACCAGUUAAGUGUUUUGGGAUAUAUGUUAUCACAGACUGAGUAUGGAUGUGUGGACAGGAGUGAGGAAGAAACUGUCAGCAGAUUUCCUGUGCCAUGUAUUCAGCUAACUGGUUUACAAAUAGAGGUCAUUUUGCUAUCCCACUCUGCCCCUUAAUGGCAUCAGUGCAAAAGCCAAGAAAGGGUCAUUAGGCUAAACAAUGAACUCUUUCAAGAAGAAAACAGCUAGCUUAAGCCUUAUUGGAUACAGCUUGUGCUUACGACAUCUAGGACCUUCAAAAUAAUUGGCUUUGCAGGAUGUAAGACAUCCAGUUAAAUCUCUGCCAAUCUAAAAUGUUUCAUGUCUUUAAUCAUUAAUCUAUCAUGAAAAUUAAAACAAUCCAUUUUUCCACGUGGAAUAUUUUUAAACUUUUCUAACCCAUAUUUAAUUUUUUCAUCAGCAAGCAGUUUAAAAAAUGUUUUUUCACUAACUCUUUAAUAUCAUGUUUUCAGACAAAAUAAAAAUAUGACAUAAUUCCUAUAUGGCAAAACUCUCAUUCCAUCAUAAGCAUAUUCAAAUUCUUCAUUACAUUAACACCCUGGGAAAAUCCUUAUUUUAAUUACUCUGAUCUUAUGGUCUCAUUUUUAAAAACUAAGGUACUGUGAACUGUUUUGAAAAAAAUCCAAUUCAAUAUAGACUUUCAAUCUUUUCUGUGGCUAGAAACAAUCUAUAGGUAUUAUGUGACCUUUAGAGUAUCCAAAUAGUAAUCUUUCCAGUUUUCCUGUGUAAACUUAAUUAUUUUAGAGAUUUUUAAAAAGCCAGUUCUAUCCUCAAAUAUAAUUUUCUUAUAUUCCCUGUGGAGAUGUACUAUGUUUCAGAAAUUCUCAAGCUCAGACAGUUCUGCUUUUACAUAUUUUUUGAAAUCUUGGAAAACUUACUGUGAAUAUGAGAAAGACAAAAGAAAACAGUCCUCUCUUGAUAAAUACCCAGCACAGUCCAUUAUUACAAAAACAGACCUCAAACUACUGUAUUUUGAUAUUUGUACUGAAAGCGUACGCUUUGCAACUAUUAAAUGUUACACAGCAUUCGCUCACAUGUAGUUGUUAUUGACUUAAAGGGAUGGUCUGCUUUCUUCUCAUGGUUGUAUAUAUCAGGUAAAAAAUUUUCCAAAGA